CAUGCUCCGGAAGCAGUUUUUUGGCCCUGUGACACGUAGCAACGGGGCUGUUUCAGGGUCUGAAACAGAGUUUGGGGGUUGUUUGGGACUACUGAAGCUACUGCCUUCGCCGCCAGCGCAGCCUGAGAGUUUGGUGAGUGACCCAGGCCCGUGGCACACUAUUCAGCUUCUCUCCACACCUGUGCAAAUGGGCUUGUUGCGGUCUUUCGGCGCCGCGCCCUGGUCCUUUUCGCUCAGACCCUCGCUCCCGUUCAAGUCCUUGCCCUGACGCGGGCCCCUGCACCUCAGGCGCGACCUUCCAAGAUUCUGCACUUUCCUGGCAGGCUGCGGGCCUUAUUUUGCAAGGAAGCAGUCGCGUUGUCAGCUGUAAAGCCCUGUCCUAAGAUUAUUUGCAAUGUCAGGCUUUGAAAACUUAAACACGGAUUUCUACCAGACAAGUUACAGCAUCGAUGAUCAGUCACAGCAGUCCUAUGAUUAUGGAGGAAGUGGAGGACCCUAUAGCAAACAGUAUGCUGGCUAUGACUAUUCGCAGCAAGGCCGAUUUGUCCCUCCAGACAUGAUGCAGCCACAACAGCCAUACACUGGGCAGAUUUACCAGCCAACUCAGGCAUAUACUCCAGCUUCACCUCAGCCCUUCUAUGGAAACAGCUUUGAGGAUGAGCCACCUUUAUUAGAAGGUAAGAUUGGUUGCAACACUUGAUAGUACUCAAUAGUAUUCAGCUGGUUAGUGAGAAUUAAUCUUAAUUUGGAGAAAUUGUAUUUUCCUUUAAAAAAAAAUCUUGUAGAAAAAAGUCUUCUGCUAAACAACUCAUUUUAAACAGAGUAUAUGUGAAACCACAUUGGGCCAGAAGAGACCAGAUUUUUAAUAGAUCUUUUAAUAGUGAUAAUAAAGUAUAUUACUCUGUCAGCAUCGACUUUUACUUCAGGUUAUUGGCCAAAUUCUACUAGUGGAAAAAGUGAGAAGAAAAAGCAUGGUAUCCAUUAUUCUAUGUGGAAAUAAACUGGCAGAACUAGUGACAUCACUAAAAAAAUGGUGAUUUUCAAACUGUAUUCCAAAACCUAGGAAGAGGUAGUUCCGAACAUUUUUUUGAACUAGAUACUCUUUGAAAAUCUAAUGAAAGGUAUGAACACUCUCCUCAGAAAAAAUGCACACAUAUGCAUAGAGACGUCGUUUUGUAUACAGUUAAAUGGGCCCCCAGGUAUUCCUGAAGCCCCAGAUAAAGAACCUCUUACUGUUAACCGUUUUUGUAUAUUCUUUGCUAUGCAGUCAUGCCUAAGGGAUGUAAUAACUGUCUUUUUCAUCAGAUCCGUACCCUUUUCCAACACCAAUCCAGAAAUGACAUAUUUGUGGGAUGAGCACCACAUUGAAGACUGGCAUAGAGAACUCACUAAAAUAAUAUCAUUCAGGCCAGGCACGGUGGCUCAACACCUGUAAUCCCAGUGCUUUGUGAGGCCGAGGCUGGGAGGAUCUCUUGAGACCAGGAGACCAGGCUGAGCAACACAGCAAGAUCCCAUCUCUCCAAAAAAAAAAAAGAAAGAAA